UAAAGCAAAUUGAAAUGGGAGUUAUUGCUUUCAAUUUAGGGGGAUGUAAAAUGUUAAACCGCGCAAACUCGAAAACACAUUGCAAGUGUUGAUAACAUAUUCUUUAAAAUACAUAAGUAUUUGUAGUGUGAAGACAAUAUUUAUAUUAUUAUGUUAAUUAAACAUGAGGCUCGAGGUGUCAGUUUCAAAAGACCUGCCCUCGUGGCUAAAUGUCGUGUUAUAAAAACAAUUUUUCUUUAAUUGCGCGACAGAUAGAAAUAAAAAAUUCGUGCGUUUGCUAUAUAUACAUGUAUAUAUAAAGGAUCGCAAAGUGCCAUAUAGUUUUUAGAAUAAGAGUUGCAUCAGUUGUGUGGUGGCAAAGCGUAUUGUAUUUUGUGCCUAUAUUGCACGAUGCAGAACCCCUCGUAAAAUAUAUAUAUAUAUUAUCAAAAGAGCGCAUAUAGGAGAGCAGCUGUCAUUUUGAAUACAAACAUUAUAUUGUAGUGACGUUCAGAUAUUUUUCUCUCGGCACAUUUUUAUUUUUUUCUACUGUGCUCCGCUCUGAAUGUUUGUUCUUAAAUGAAAUAAGUAAAAAAUUGAAAAAAAAACUAGAAAUACGUUUUUUUAAAUUAAUUAUAAAUUGUGUAUAUUUUUUUUUUUUUUUUUUUUGGAAAAAAAUGGCUCCUUCGUGCUUUGAAGUGAUUCUCGUUGCCUUUAUUCUUGUUUUGCCAUUUCUUUACGAAACGAGCCGGACUUUUCGUUAUUAUUUUAAAUUCUCGGUUUAUUAUGGUUCUGUGAUGUUUAAUUCAGUGUUAUUGAUACCAUUCUUUUGUUUCCGGGCUUUCAACGUUAGAAAUUUGGUAGUUGCGUCGAGUUUUUGUCAUUAUGCAAGUUACAUUCUUGGAUUGAGAUGGGAAUUGAGGGGAAGAGAAAAUUUAGAGAAGGAACAGGCUUGUAUUAUUGUUGCAAAUCAUCAGAGUUCCUUGGACAUUUUAGGAAUGUUUGACAUUUGGCCAGUGAUGGAUAAAUGCACUGUUAUUGCAAAAAAGGAAAUUAUAUACGCCUGGCCUUUUGGAAUUGCCGCAUGGCUCAGUGGUCUUAUUUUUAUUGAUAGAAUAAAUUCAGAAAAAGCUCGAAGCGUAAUUAAUUCGUCAAUCAAAACAAUCAAAGAGAACAAGAUAAAAUUGUGGUUUUUUCCCGAGGGAACAAGACGUAAUACUGGUGAAAUUCAUCCUUUUAAAAAAGGUGCCUUUUAUGUCGCUAUCAAUUCUCAAUUACCCGUGCUGCCUGUAGUGUUCUCUUCAUAUUAUUUUCUUUGUAAAGAAGAAAAACGUUUCGAUUCUGGACGAAUAAUAAUCACGACCCUGCCGCCAAUCUCGACGGAAGGUCUCAGUAAAGAUGACGUUGAAUCAUUAAUGGAGAAAACCAAAGAAAUGAUGAAUGAAACGUUACGUGUUUCAAAUUUGGAAAUCCAACAGUCAUUGGCAUCGAAUACAUAACAAAUAUAGAUUUAAGUUUUAAUUUAUUAAAAAUGACGGUAAGAGAAAGAAAGAUUUUUUUUUCUUAAUAAUACGAUGGAAAGGAGACGAUAUAAAAAUAAUUGACGAUCUCCAUUACAUGACGGAACCAAAGACUUAAAUCCAAUUUUGCAAGUACUGAUUUACAAAUAAUUUCUUUUUUAAGAAGUCAAGGUCUUCGAAUAAAAUAUAACAUUUUUCUAUAGUUUUUAUCUUAUCUCAUAAUUUUCAAUAACGAAACGAAUCUUAGAUAAAUGGAUAUUAUUUAGAAAAACAAAGCAAAUUUUUGAUCUAGUUAAGUGAUAAAUAUACUUCCUCUUUCUCUAAAUAAUUUUAUUUAAUAUUUAUAUAUUUAUAAUCGAUCAAGAUCAAAUAAAAAUAAUUAUUUUUCAUUUUUUUUUUUUUUUUUUUUGAGAAUUCAUUAUCUUUAAUAAAAGAUUCGUUUCAGUGACCAAAUAUAUAUCUCUAUAUGUAAAUCGUACAAAUUAUUUUGUAAAUCGCAAAUUAUACAUACCGUCAAAGCACAAAUCAAAGUCUAUUUGCAAUAUCUAAUCUUAAAAAGACUUUUUUUUCGAAAUAUUCACUGUAUGUGAAAAAAGAAAAAAAAACGAACGUGCUUGAUUAAGAAAACUAGUUUAUUUACGAUUAGUUAAAAAAAUAUAAUGUAAAUUGUGUAUUUCGAAACCAAUGUUUCAAGUAUUAAGAAUUUCUUUUUAAGAAUUUCUAUCUUUCAUUUAGUUCUCAAUUUUUUUUACAAUUAUUUAUUAAAAAAUUAAUUAAUUUCAAGAAAAUUAAUCA